AUGAAAAGGUCACAGAUGCAAACAAUUAUUACAAAAGCAUGUAAGGAGCUUGGCAUAAGAGCUCUUCCCAGUAAACGGUGCUUGUCAUUACUUUUAUGGCUAGAGGAACGCUAUGAGACUGUAUACACGAAACAUCCUGGAUUUCAAAAGGGAUCCAAGCCUCUUUUGCCAUUAGACAAUCCUUUUGCGACGAAACUUCCAGAAGAUCUUUUUGGGGAAAGAUGGGCAUUUGUUCAGUUACCUUACUCAGCUGUUCGAGCGGAGGCCUCAGCUUCAGAGGAAAGAUUUGGAUACGGUUCUGGGCUAGAUCUUGAUUUAUUGGGUAUUGAAAUCGACGAGAAGACCUUGAUCCCAGGAUUGGCUGUUGCAUCUUCUCGUGCUAAAAUAUUAUCAGCUUUUAUGAAUGGAUUGGAGCUCUGUUCCAUUGAAACGGACACUGCUCGCUCUAACCUGACUCUUUCAGUUGGAAUUUCGACUCGGUAUGUAUAUGCGACCUAUAAGAAAAGUCCUACCUCAACUAAAGAAGCUGAAGCUUGGGAAGCAGCUAAGAAAGCUUCUGGAGGUUUACAUUUCCUAGCAAUCCAAGAUGAGUUAGAUUCUGAAGAUUGUAUUGGCUUCUGGCUUUUGCUAGACUUGCCACCUCCACCUGUAUAA